GUUGUAAUCUCUCUGCGAAAAGGAAGUGCGCCGACGAAGGCGCCUGCCUGUAAUCACCUUGACUGACGAGAUAAGGCGCCUUGGCGAGAGACAACCGGCGGCGGGCGUUUUGACGGGGCCUGGUGCUUGCGCCGUCACGCUUCAAUUUCUGCUUUUCGGCGCUUCGCCGGAAGCUGCCGCGGCCACGAUAGCCGCGUCAGACAAACCCAACCCCUUCUCAGCCCGAGCCCCGGCCGCCCUGGGGACUCGGCUCUAAUUUUAGAGUCCCACAACCGUGUGUCUGUCUCCUAUACGAGCUGUGCAGUGUUUCCCAGUCUUAAGUUUUUGAUUUUUGGUGUCGCUCUGUUUCGUUCGUUACUUCGUUUGUGCUUCGACCACUGCUCCUUUGUUGAGCUAAGUAGAGUCGGAUUUCGAGUCCCCCGAGCAAGCUGCGGAUGUGUCGCGGUUUGGCCCACUCACCGGAUAUUUCCGCGACUUCCCUUGGAUUACAAGCCGCCGAGAGGGUCUUCGACUUGGUGCGACAGAUAACCGGUGCGCGGGACAGCCAUGCUGCGCGAUCUCCACAGGGUGCUGGCCACCAUCGUUGCGUUCCUCUUCAUUUCCAUGAUGGGAGUCGCCUACCGUUACAGGUAUCCUAUGCAGGGUUCCAGUUUACAACAUCCUGAAUCUCUGGCGGCAUGCAGACCAAAGACAGACAUCGUGUUCCUCAAGACCCACAAGUGCGCCAGCUCCACGCUGAUGAACAUCUUUCUCCGUUACGGCAUGAAGCACGACCUCAACUUCGUCUUGCCCAAGAGCACCUUCACUCACUACAUCGGGCAUCCAACCCCUUUUCGUCGAUCCUUCAUCGAUGACAUCACCAAGUACAACAUGUCUUUCAACAUACUCACGCACCAUACUCGUUACGACGGCAACGAAAUGCGGAAAGUCAUGCCGCGCGACACCGUGUACGUGACGAUCCUCAGGAGACCCGACAGCCUCUUCGAGUCCCUGUACUCUUACUGCCACCUGGCGAACUUGUACAAGAAAAAUCUCAGCGCGUUUGUGGAGGACAAGAAGCUAACGCGUGCCCUUACGAGAAAGCGAGCUGUAGAGGGACGUGUGGGCUUCAACCAGAUGUGUUUCGAUCUCGGCUAUACCGGCCUGUUGAAGUCCAAUCCUAAACUAAUAGUAAACUUUGUCAACACAAUCGAUAAAGCGUUUGAUCUGGUGAUGAUGACUGAACGGCUGGACGAGUCACUCAUCCUCCUGAAGCAUCUGCUCUGUUGGAACACGUCGGACGUCGUGGCUUUCAAGAUCAACGCUCGGUACGCCGAAUACAAGGAGGCCCUUUCGCCAGAGGUCAAACAGAAGCUGAAGGAGCUGAACCACGCCGACCUGUUGCUCUAUCGUCAUUUUGAGAAUGUGUUUGAACGAAAAGUGCGGGAGUUCGGUGUGGAUCGGAUGGCCACGGAGGUGCAAGAGCUGCAGCUGGCGCGGAAGGCGUACUACGCCAAAUGCGUCGAGGCGGAAGGUUCCAUGGAAGCCAUGUCGGCUCAGCUCAAGCGGAAAGAUGUUAUAGCGUUCAAGUUGAAAAACAAGAGUGAGGAAUGUCUUCACCUAACCAUGAGUGAACUCGACUUCCAUGAGCUGGUGAAAGAGAAACAGAAUGCUAGAAUUAGUCAGGUUCUACAUUCCCGAAUAUCUCGGUAGGGACUUUCAGAAAACUGUUGAAGUGCCAGCUCGUCGAGAGUACCACAGCGAAAGGACCACUCUUUAAGUUAUUAAGCCCAAGGACGGGGGCAAAGUGAAUGGAGGAGCGAAUGUGUGUACAGUUAAUUUAGAAGCAGUUUUUAGUUUUUAUAUUUAGUUCAGUUUCUGUAUCCUGCUCACAACUGCACCCAGAGUCUUACAAAAAAGAAAAGGCGAAUGUAUUUGUAUAGGUAAACGAACUAUUGUUGAAGGUUCCGGCUUCGGGCACACCAUAGAUAGCAAGAUUGAGUGCUGGUUGUGUUAAAACGCCAGUGACGGAACUACGUCACUAUUUUAGAGCAAUUUACAACUCUAUCUCAGCACGUUCAAUACUGGACCUGGUAUUUUCAAAUGAUGAAAAAAGAAAAUCAUUUUCUGAA